AUGAGUAAUAUAGAAUACGAUAAACAGCGAGCCAGAGUGCUAUUCGAAAUCAAUACACUAUUGAUACAUCGGGCCAUGAUGAUCGAGAUCGCAGACAACCCCGGUUUGAACACUAACAACAUCCCCCCAUCGGAGAUCACUGCCACCAUCCAACUGUUUUCAUCGCCCAAUAUUGACAAAAUGGAUGUCAUCCAGCACUACUUGAGAAGAGUCCAGGCAAAUUUGACGUGUAUCGGGGAAUUGAACGAGAAGUACCGCAAUGGUGACCCAGACGCUAAUGACAAACCGAUUUUCCCCCACAUGUUGACGCCUCCUCCUGAAGCGACGAUUGAGAUCCGCUCGCGUUAUAUCAUCUUACACAAAAUGUUUCCAGAAGCCAUGGAGUAUUUACAGCAACAAAAGGCAGUUUAUCUUCAACAACAACAAGGUCAACCGGAUCAGCAGCAGGAGCAACAACACGGCCAGGAAAAAGAAGCACGACAACAACAACUGCCGCAACAGCAACAACAACAGGACCAAACAAUUCUUCAACAAACUCCGCAAAUUCAGCAUCCUCAGAAUCCUCAGCCUCAACAACCAAUGAUGACCAACAACCCUAAUAAUACCAUGAAUAACACAAGUAAUCACUCGACUCCAGUAUUACAGAAUUUGAACACCCCAUUGGUCGCUCCUAGUACCCUUCAAGGAAGUAAAGGUAAUACUAGAAACAAUAGUCCGUUAGUUCCUGCGGCCUCUAUUAUGAUGAAUAAUAAUAAUAACAACAGUCCGUUAGUUCCUGGGGCCUCUAUUAUGAUGAAUAAUAAUAACAACAGUCCGUUAGUUCCUGGGGCCUCUAUCAUGAUGAAUAAUAAUAAUAAUAGUCCAUUAGUUCCUGGGGCCUCUAUCAUGAUGAAUAAUAACAACAGUCCGUUAGUUCCUGUGGCCGCUGCCAUGAUGAAUAAUAACAACAACAAUAAUAACAGUCCGUUAGUUACCACGGCUACUACAAUAAUGAAUAAUAAUAAUUAUAAUAAUAAUAAUAAUAUUAACACGAUGUCACCGCAUACCAACAGAUCUACUAAUAGCACACCUUCGAUUUCUUCAGCACAACAUCAACAGCCACAACAACCCCAACCGCAAACUCAACAACAACAGUUCAAUAACAACGAGCAAGACAAUAAUGGUAUGAGUCCAAAUGCAAUAAGUAACUUGCCAAUCGGUAACCUGAAUAUGGGAACGAUGAACAAUAAUAUGAUGGAAAUGAAUAUGCGAGAUAACUUACAGAACGACAUGAUGGAAAUGGAUAUGGCAAUGUUGCAGGGAAAUCAGGACAAUAAUAGCCAACAGGGUAAUGAUUUUCCUGGAACAAUGAACAUGAAUCAAAUUGAAAAUGAUGGUAUGGAUAUGAAUAUGAAUAGUGCUGGCGAUGGCAUGUGGUGA